AACGCACCUAACGCAGCAAGUGAGCCUAUGCCCGCCAUUCUCAUUUCUCACCCAUUUCUACCAAAUUCCUUCGGCGUGCUUUCCCGCGAACUAGGGAGAGUGGAGAGACCGGUAGACCACCAUGAAGGCUCUGCUGAGUCCACAACCUUCGUUCUCAUCCAUCUCUCCAAUCCACAUCAACAGGCCUCGGAAUCUUACGUAUUCGCCGAUCAAAACCUCUCUUCGAUUUUCCUCAAAUGACUAUGACCGUCGAAUUGGAAGAAAGCCUUGUUUGGCCGUGGAAGCCACACUGGACUCAGCCACGAUCGACCAAUUAGGGCUUCCAGAGUCCGAUAUUCGGAACCCAGCGGUUUCAUCUUCGUAUCGUAGUCCCAAGUCGCCGAAGCCGAAUCAGACGGUGCUCGAUGCCCAAGCUAGGGUUUGCACGGGGCCCACCCAGACCAGGCCGCUCAGUGAGGACCAGGCUUUCAAGGUCUUGGAUACCAUCUUAAGAUCAGCUAAGGGAGAACUCAAAGAUGAAGAAGAAGUUUCCAAAGCCCAGCUUGGGGCCUUUUUCGCGGGGAUGACGAUCCGUGCGAAUGCCUUUCCCGAAGCGACCCAAUGGAGUGAGGGGGAAAGGCGUGCAAUGAACUCGUUCUGGCCGCUCCUGGCUCGAGCACUUCCGCCGGAUGUAAUCUUCAUUGCCGAUCCCGAAGGCUCUAUAAUGGGAGUAGGGAGUUCUAUCGGGCCCCAAUACGUCGGCAAUAGCUCCAGCGAAAUGAGAUUGGUUGGUGCCCUAAGGGAAGUUCUGGCCGGAGGCCAUCUUGGAUAUGAGGAGGUCCAAGGUGUUUUAAGAGAUGUUCUUCCGCUGAAAGUAGACGAUGAGGAGAAAUCUGGAGUAAGUGAGUCAUUGCUUUCGGCCUUUUUAAUAGGUCAACGUAUGAACAGGGAAACCGAUCGUGAAUUAAAGGCAUACUGCCUUGCGUUUGAUGAUGAACUCGGUCCUGCUCCUGUGGCCGAUAUUAAAUCAUUGACUCAUUAUGGUGAACCUUAUGAUGGAAACACACGUUACUUCAGGAGCACAUUGUUUGUUGCUGCAGUUAGAUCCUGUUAUGGUGAAUCUUGCUUGCUUCAUGGUGUCGAAUGGAUGCCACCAAAGGGGGGCAUCACUGAAGAACAAAUGCUGAAAUUUAUGGGAGCAAAUACAAGCUUAUCCCCGUUGCAGGCAAAAGAUCUUCUCGAGGAUGAGGAAGUCGGUUUUGCUUACAUAACUCAACGUGAAGCUCGCCCAUCUUUAUAUUCAUUGGCUAGUUUGAGGGAGCAUAUAAAAAAGCGCCCCCCUGUGGCAACAACUGAAAAGGUUCAGCAAUUUGUUAAGGCUCGAGGGAGGGAAGCAAUGGUUGCUGGAUUUUAUCAUGAUGGUUAUGAGGAGCCACUGUUGAUGCUCAUGAAGAGAAGAGGUGUUGAUGCUGGCUUGGUGGUGAAGGGUGAGGAAGGGGCACUCUCAAUGACAACGAGAUUGCGGUCAGCACACAUUUCAAAAGGAUUUCCUGUGAACUACUGUUCGGGUUUCCGUUUGCUGAGCAUGGUGUCCGCUUGUGAAGUUGAUGGUGUGUCACGUCAGAAUUUCAAUCUAGAGGUUAACGCCAAGGACUAUGGUUUUGAGCCUACCAAUACUCCAAGAACUGAUAGAUCGGUCUCAAAGAAUAUUGAGUUGGGUUUAGCAGCUCUUCAUGGUGAAAAGGGACCUGCAUAUGAUCGGAUAGUGUUAAAUGCUGGAAUGGUGGAUCAUUUGCUGGGAUGUGAUGGUGCAGAGGACAUAUCCAUCGCGCUGGAUAGAGCGAGAGAGGCCAUUGACAGUGGCAAGGCUUUAAAAAGGCUCUUAAAUUACAUAAAGAUUUCUCACCAAGUGAGGUAAAUUAGGCACAAGUUGCGCUUGCUUUCAUUGAGAUCUGUUUUUGUAGGUUAGCAUUGUAAUUUUGUGUCUUUUACACGUCAAUGGACAAUACACUCUGAUAAAUAACGAAAGAGAAAGGGGGAUUAGAGGUCUUUGUUCGUUUUUCCCGCCAAUUUGUAAAAUUCGCUUAGCAGAUAACCUCAUUGUUUCAUCUUUUUCCCAUCAGAGCUCACAUGUUCUUGGUUAUUGUAGCAUAUUUUUUUACCCAAACAUUGUUGCUAACUAACGGUUGUUUAUCGUUUGGUAGCUUUGAAAGAGAUCAUAAGUUUCGGAUA